CUGUAGGUAAGAGUGUGUGCGAGUGUCUGUUAUCUCUGAAAUCGCGCCCCAGAAUCCGGUGAGGGCUGGCGAAUCGCCGAGAUCAAAACAACGACGGCGACGGAAACGUUGGAUUUGUUGUGUAGCGCCAUUUCCCACCACCCAACAGCAUGGAGAUUGUUGGGAACUACGAGUACAACAGCAAGGAACUGAUUGGCCACGGGGCGUUUGCGGUCGUCUUCAAAGGACGCCACCGUGAGACCCACUGCCCGGUGGCAAUCAAAAGCAUCACGAAGAAAAGCUUGGCCAAAUCGCAGAGUCUGCUCGGGAAGGAGAUAAAAAUCCUGCAAGAGCUCAGCGCCCUGAAGCACAAGAAUGUGGUGAAGCUGCUGGCCUGCACCGAGAAGGAUCAUAAUGUCUACCUGGUGAUGGAGUACUGCAAUGGUGGCGAUUUAGCGGACUAUCUGGCAGUGAAGGGAACUCUUAGCGAAGACACGAUACGACUGUUCCUCGGCCAGCUCGCCAAUGCAAUGAAAGCCCUCUACCAGGCCGGUGUGGUGCACCGGGACUUGAAGCCGCAAAAUAUCCUCCUGUCGCACAACUGCGGCAAGGGGCUGCCAGUUCCGGCCAAGAUUACUCUUAAGAUAGCCGACUUUGGGUUUGCACGGUUUCUACAGGAUGGAAAUAUGGCAGCAACCCUGUGCGGAUCUCCGAUGUACAUGGCUCCGGAAGUGAUCAUGUCACUGCAGUACGAUGCCAAGGCGGAUCUCUGGUCCCUGGGGACCAUCGUUUUCCAGUGUCUCACCGGGAAGGCACCAUUCCAGGCGCACACGCCGCAGGAGCUGAAAAUGUUCUACGAACGCAAUGCCAGCCUCGCCCCGAAGAUUCCAUCCGGCACUUCCAACGAGCUCACGGACCUACUGAUGGGGCUGUUGCGGCGCAAUUCGAAGGAACGUAUGAACUUUGAUACCUUCUUCAAUCAUGCCUUCCUGCCGCGGGCCCAGACGCCGCAAAGUCACAAUGAUCCAGCUCAACUACCCGGUACGACUACGACUCAUUUUGCGGCUGCAGGCAAACUGAACAGUCCCCACCAGAAGACGGCACCGGUAACACUGCAACAGCACCAGCAACAGCAGCAGCAGCAAAAACAUCUCCAGCAAAUGAAUCAACCACCACAGCAUCAUCAACCACAGCAGCAGCAGCAGCAUGACCAGCAACACAUAACUCAGGUGCAGCAGCAGCAGCAGCAACAACACCAUCAGCAGCUGCAGCAGCAGCAAAAGCAGCUGCAGGAGUUGCAGAAGCAGCAAACGGUUGAAAAUAACAACGUGCCGCUUGCUGAGAUUGACGACAGUGUGGCAACGCUCAGUGCAAACAACACAUCCAACAGCAGCCCGGAAGAGUCGGAUGAUUUUGUCCUAGUGCCCAACAAUCUCCCGGUCGAUCCCUGCCAUGGUGGUGGUGGCGGUAGCUACGACAAGAGUAAACCUGCUCGAGUGCCUCAACCAAUGUCCCAGGCCCAGGCGAGUCCUCCCCGACCAAGCACGCUUCUGAUCUCGGAACCGAAACCCGUACCGACUGCUGCGCGCAAAGUGUCCCGUCCUCAGGCGCAAACACCACCAAAGAACAAUUCCAUACCUCGAUCGGAGCCGAUUAACAUGAAGCGAUCGGAGCAUCGAAGUAGCAACUGUGAUAUCCGAUCGAUUUCACCGCCGGCGGUGCAGUUUGCGAUCGGGACGCCACCGUCGUGCGGGCGCCGCCGAUCCGCGUCCGGUGGUUCGCUCUCCGAAACACCACCACCGCCCAACUGUUGGACCGUCAGUCCGGCCUCGCACCAGUCGCCUCUGCGUCGCUCCGGAACCAGUUCGCCCGUGCUGACGAAUGCACUGUCGAAACUUCCGGCGCUCGGUAGUCCCACGUUGCUGACCGGUACGGAUAAUAACAACCACCAUCGCGCCACCGGCCAUCCGUUGACGGCGCGUGCGUUCACGCUACCGGAAAUGGGCGCGACUGGUGGGCUGCAGAGCUACCUAGACGAUCACAACAUGGACGAUCAUCCGAUCAACUUCCACGCACCGGAGCUGCAUGCGGAAACCCUGCUGGACCGCGAUCACAACGAAACGCUGGCGAAACUGAACUUCGUCAUCGCGCUGACCGACUGCAUACUGGAGGUGGCCGAUUCGCGCUGUGCGCCCCUCUCGGCCCUGAUGUCUGCUGACGCGCAACCGAUGGUCCCUCACCCGCCGGAGCACUGCAAGCGGGCCGAGCGGCUGGUACUGCUGGUGCGCGCGCUCCAUCUGCUGUCGUCCGGACUGAAUCUCGCCUCGUCCCAGAUACAGGCCGGGCAUCUGAAACCCUCCAACAGUGUUAAGAACGCGCUGACCAUGAUGCACGCUAAAUAUCGCUCGACGCUGAUCGAAUCGAAAAAGCUAAACGGGACCGGUUUGCUGCAGCGGGCCAAUGCAAGCAACAUUACCGCCGAUAAAAUUCUCUACGAUUACGCGAUACAAAUGUGUGAGGCUGCGGCUCUGGACGAACUGUUCAACAAACCGGCGGAGUGUUUCCCACGGUACCAGUCGGCUCAAAUUCUACUGCACUCGCUGGCGCAGAAAUGUAAACAUCCACAGGACAAGAUAUUGCUCUCGAGAUACAAAGAUGCUGUCGAAAAACGGCUGUACAUAUUGAAAGGGCAAGGUUACAUCUACACCACUGACGAGCUAUCCUGAAUGCAGGCUACCAAUGGCUGGACCCUCGAUGCCAAUAGCCCUAAGUUCGAUUACGUAUGCUGCUGAACCUCGGCAAGCCUCGGCCACAUCAUCAGACUUUACUUUGGAACAAGGAAAAACAGUUAAACGUUUACCCCCACGGCUCAUGAUCGGAUUGUUUUACUUGCAUUUGAUCGAAAAAGUGGAAGCGAAGAAAGGGAAAAGAACACAUUUGUUUCACACACACACGAUCGAUUCGAUCCUGAUUGAGGUUGUAAAUACUGAGAAGAGUCCCUUGGCCCAUGCGUUACGUUAGUUUUUUUCGGCAAAACCCGCAACGACAGAUGAUGAACAGUCCAUUAGAAUCAGUAACUGAUUUCUGUUGCUCCAAACGCCGAACCGAAGGCGCACGGACAAAGGAGAAUACAAACAUUAGGUAGAUAAAGUGGUUCUGCCUUAGAUUUGUAAAUAACAGAGUUUCUUACCAGCUUUUCCGAUAGUAAUUUUCACG